GUGUGGGUCGCUACGAGCGCCGCAUUCAGAAGGAGCCCGCCCCUGGUAAUCCCCGAAGGGCAAUGUCGUGAUUGUCCUUUUUUUUUUUCUCGACUGCCCGAUUAGUCCGUCGCCAAGUUCAUUUCGCUGCCAUCUUCUUAUUUCCCUCAUACUUGCUUGUUCUGGUACACAAUCACGUUGCAUAGUUCACCAGUUACAUCGUUCAUUGUCCCUGCAAUUGACUGACAAUGACGGACGACAAAGCCACCACUCCCGACAACAACAAAGUUAUUACGGAUGUCGAUCCUGCGACCGUCUCCGAAAAAGACGAUGUCCACCACCCAAUCAACCUCCACGACCCCUCGGUCACCUUCAUAGAGUACCAAUACUGGGCUAAGAUUACCCGUGAAGAAGAGCGCGUCGCCAACCUCGAGUAUCUUCGCCAGCGCAAGGCCGAGCCCUUAGCCGACAGCAUCAAGAAGCACCUUGGCUUCUCAGGCAAGAAGGAAGAGCCGAAAACCGACGCUCCCUUGGCUAUCACCGAUAGUGCUGCUGCUGUUGCUGCUGGCGGCGCCAAGGAGGCUUCCGGUGCUGAGGCCGACAAGAUCAUGGUUGCUCCCUCGGAAGGCGAGUGGAAGCAGGCAAGCCGAGCUCUCCGCACUGCCUCUUGGGGUGCCUGCUUCUAUCUCAUCACCACGGAUAUCCUCGGUCCUCUCUCCACGCCUUGGAGUUUUGCUCAGACCGGCUACGGGCCGGGUGUUCUUCUCUACACGGUCUUUGGAGCCACAGCUGGAUACUCUGCCUUCGUUAUGUGGAAGACAUUCCUCGGACUCGACUCUGAUCGCUUCCCUCUUCGAUCCUACGGCGACAUCUUUUUCCGUCUAUUUGGUCCUACCACCCGUCACUCUGUCAACAUUGCCCUUGCUAUCCAAAUGAUUCUCUCUGUCUGUGCGCUCAUCCUCGGUCAGGGUCAGAGUAUCACGCAAAUGUCGCGUGGCGAGAGCGGUAGCCAAGGCAUCUGCUUCGUUGCCUGCAUGGUCAUCUUCAUGGCUGCUGGCAUGCUGUUUGCUCAGAUCAGAAGUUACCAGCACUUUUCUCGUCUGGCGUUCAUUGCCGUUCUGUCCAACCUUGGCAUCAUCAUUCUCAGCUGUGUUGUCGUGACUAGACAUGGUCCCAACUUCUUGGCUACUUCCAAGUCCUUUGGUCCCCAGUUUGGUGAAGGCCCCAUCCACACCUACGCCUGGACACCUCCCAGUGACAUGACUACCGGCGGUGUCGGCUUCGUCGCUUCGCUCAACGGUCUUAAUCAAGCCAUUUACUCGUACGGCGGCUGCCUCGUUUUCAUCUCCUUCAUGUCUGAGAUGCGCCAUCCCAUGGACUUCUGGAAGGCCAUCAUCUGCGCCGAGUCUUUCAUUUACUGCAUGUACCUCUUCUUCGGCAUCUACGUCUACUCGUUCCACGGACAGUUUACCUACAAUCCUAUCCAGCAGGGCCUUACCCCGUACCGCUUCCAGACAGCCGCUAACGCCAUGUACUUUGUCAGUGGACUUAUCGCCGCGGCCCUCUAUGCCAACAUUGGUUUCAAGGUCGUUUACGUCGAGGUCUUCCAGGAGAUCUUCAAGUUCCCCCCUCUGUCUGAACGCAAGGGCCAGAUCGCUUGGAUUGUCUCCAUUCCUGUCUACUUCUCCAUUGCAUUCGUCAUCGCUGCUGCCAUCCCCCAGUUCUCUUACGUCUCUGGUCUCAUUGCUGCUCUCUUUAUUCUUACCUUCACAUACACCCUGCCCGCCAUCAUGGGUAUGGCGUACUGGAUCCAGAAGGAUGCUGUCCUUCCUGAGGAGGUGUUUGAUCCUGUCAGCAGAACUGUCACCUUUGUUGACUCUGGAUUCAAGCGCUGGAGCCGCGGUUUCUGGAAGAAGCCUAUUAUGCAUACCUGGAACUUUCUGUACAUGCUCGGCGCAAUUGCAACCACUAUCCUCGGUGUCUAUUCCAGUGUUGUACAGUUGAUUGACGCCUUCAACGGCGGCAGCGCGGCGUCAAGCUUUGGUUGUGAAGCUGCUGUUUAAGCAACCAUCUCCUGUGUAGUUGACCGCUAUGAAACAGAGCAUCAGGUUUCUUGGAUGAAUCCAUAUCGAAUUACGUGCAUAAUAUCCUCAUAUACUAUUCAAAGAUUUUGCAUAUAGAAUUUUACUUAUUGUAACGUUAACGUAUCAGUCAUUUUGGGUAUUAAUACAUAUUUAUCUUUACAUUAUUAAACAUCCGGUGUUUCCCACAACGCCUCCCAGCUCCAUCAUUUAAAACUCCAAUUCUUCCACUUCCAUACCACACUCAACACAGGUCUUGAUCGUCAUGCCUUCUUCGUUUUCCACUGUACGGCCCCAUUCAUGAACAUGGCGCCCACUUCCAACAGCAUCGCCAAACUUGCUUGCUCCCGUCUUGCUCAGCGUGCCAGCUUGUCGUCGAAAGGCGUCCGUUCUCGUCUUGCGCUUCAAGUCAAGCAGCUUCUCCUUAAACACCUUUUCUUUUCGAGCUUUCUUUUGUGUCUCGCGGCGUUCAUACUCUGCGUCAAGAGCCUCUGAUGAGCCCCAUUUUGUCUUGAGAGCGUAAUCUUCAACUUGGCAUCGCAGGAACAACAUCAUGUCGUGCCAAUGGGAUUUAUGUGGGUUCGGUUUUGAGAGAUGGGGCAGAAGCUCCGGAUCUCGCAAUUCAGCUAAAGGUGUAUUAGUUUCAUGCAUGUAUUAUGAGAAUGAUAGCAAAAAAAAACACUUACGAUCAGUUAGGAGAUAGUCCUCUUUGCAUUCGGUCUUGGUGAGGAGAGAGUAUUUGUCAGGGAACUUCUCCUUGCACUUGCUGCAGACACAGAUGUGGAAAACCUCUUCCCAAACAAAGUCAAUAUCCAUGCUUCUGCACUCUCGACAUCUCUUUUUCUGCGAUUCGUCUUGCAGAACCGUUAGGCCCGGCUCAAACGGGCCCGACUUUAAUCGCUUCAUCUCCCGUAUUAAUCGUUGCUUUUCCCAUUCUUGGAUCGUCAUGUUCUUCGGCCUUUGCUCGUCAUCGCCUGAAGGUUUACCUCCAAGCGCAUAGUUGUGAGGGUCGUCUUCGGUCGAUAAGAAGCCACCUUUUGUAUCCGUCAUAGAACUCAUGUUAUAGUCUACAAACUUUGCAAAUUUGGGAAGCGCUUGUAAUGCGCUUUCAUCGCCUCGCUGACGCCCGUCUCGAUUGGUGCCGCCAUUUUCAACAGCAGAUAUAGGACGCUUCCCUGUUACUGAUUUCGAAACGUGGACAUUUUCUGUUGGAACGAAGCCAGAGGCCGUCUUGGGUAUCGUCGGUGCGGUGCCAGCAGCACGUUGUUCGGCCUCUCGCUGGUCUCGAAUCGCUUUCGCUUUUAGUCUAUUUUCUUCCUAGUUAAGCUAUUAGCAUUUAAAGCAUGUGAAAAGGCCCUCACAUCGUACAAUCUUUCGUAUCACUUCAGGUGUUAACGGUAACUGGGCCUGCGACGAGCGAGUGGCCUUUGUGGGGGUCGCCGGCGGGUCCAUUCUCUUGAUUGGGAUGAUAUUAAGUAUAGAGACUCUAUUUCGACCUUUUAUAGAAUAUAAUAUGACAUUAUCGGGCGUGUUUGAGCAAGCUGGUGCGAUUGUGGCGAGGUGAAUGUUGGGAGCGCCAUGCGUUGCGUGCGGCGCAAAAGACGACCAAGUAUUUUUGGAGGGGCGAAAGCUAGCGUAAAACGUCAGUGACGCGACCCCACGUGACGCAUAUAUUUAGCAAUCAAUAUCCUUCAAUAUUCACAGAUGCAGGGACACUUGGUGGUUCUACAGAUAUUUGUUUUAUUCAUAAAUCCGAUAGUAUAUUGCAAGAUACAUGCAUCACCUACGCCGUCUAUUGGCGGGGCUCUUUAAGACGGCCAACCCAGAAAGCAGCAGGUGACAACAGUACUCCUGUGCCAUACUCUCUCCCGUUUUCAGCACCUUACUCCUCCUUAGCACCACCGCGGCCAGCCUUCUCAGCGGCUUCGACGGCCUUCUUGUCGCUCUGAGUAGCACCACCCUGCAUGGCGCCCAUGAGACCAGCAGCAGCCUUGAAAGGACGCUUGAGGUCACCGGAGGCGGGCUGGCCGUAAAGGUGGAUCUUGACAAGGUUGCUCUCGAACAAGCUCUUGACGGGGAUAAUGCUCUGGAUCAAGAGAGGGUUGGUGUACUUCAUGUAAAGGUGCAUAAAGGCCAUCAUGGCAACACCAGUAAGCUGGCCGCGCCAGGCAGUCUUAAGCUGGGCAAGAUCGUAGUCCUUGAUAGUAGUUGUGACGAGCUUGGGCUCCUCGGUAGAGCCCAUGGGGGCAGGCUCGACGUACUUGAGGGUGGUCAUGUCUAUUUCGUUUGGUUAGCGUUGGCUGUCGCGUGAUGUCCGGUGUCGCGGGGUUUGCUCAUCCGCGAUGAUCGCCUUGAUGCAAAUCACUCACCAUUCUUGGCAUUGAUCUUAGACUGAACGUAGAAGUAUACAAGAGCAAUGAUGAUGUUGCUGGUAACGUAGAUCGCACGGACCGAGUUGAGGACGUUGGGGUCGUCAAAGGGGACGCGCUUGGAGACCUGCAUCAUACCAAGGAUGAUGAGGAGGUUGGUGCUGCAGCCAUUGUUAGUUUAUAAUCUUUGCUAAAUUGUUUGAUGCCGUUGAUUGCCAGCGCCAGCAUAUGUCAGGGCCGCAUGCCAUUGAUGUGGUUGAAUUUGACGAUGCGAAUGCGGCUGGCUGGGACAGGGGGCUUCUCGUACAUCUGGGGGUUCAGAAGGCUAGGCAUUUUGAAAGCGUGCUGCGUCGAUUAAGCAAGAUGUGUAAAUGAGAAGAGCAAUUGCGAUAAAAAUGACGAAUCGUCAAUUAUGUUGAUGUUGCAAAAGACGCAAAAGGGGGCGGAGGUUGAAGACGUGAGGCGCACGAGUCGUAGAAGCUGCCAGAAAAACACAAAAUUAC